AUGGGAUGGAAAAACCUGACCAGCGUCUCAGAAUUUUUUCUAAUGGGGCUCUCCAACCAACCAGAACAGCAGGAGAUUCUCUUUGGGCUGUUCCUGUCCAUGUACCUGGUCACACUGGCCGGCAACCUCCUCAUCAUUCUGUCUAUCAUCGCUGAUACUCAACUCCACACCCCCAUGUAUUUCUUCCUGGCCAACCUUUCCCUCACUGAUGCCUGUUUUGUAUCCACCACAGUUCCCAAGAUGUUGGCAAAUAUAUGGGUCCAGAAUCAGGUCAUCUCCUAUGCCGGAUGUCUAUCACAACUAUAUUUCUUCAUGCUGUUUGUGAUGCUGGAGGCAUUCCUCUUGGCUGUCAUGGCCUACGACCGCUACGUAGCCAUUUGCCGUCCACUCCACUACAUCAUGGUCAUGAGUCCCGGGCUCUGUGUCCUCCUGGUGUCUGCAUGCUGGAUCCUGAAUGCCCUCCACUCCCUCCUGCACACACUACUGAUGAACAGUCUAAACUUCUGUGCUGACCAUGAAAUCCCCCACUUCUUCUGUGACAUCAACCCCCUUCUGAGUCUGUCCUGUACAGACCCCUUCAUCAAUGAAUUGGUGAUCUUCACUGUUGGGGGUCUCGCAGGUCUGGUUUGUGUGCUUUCCUUGAUUAUCUCUUACACAUACAUUUUCUCAACUAUCCUGAAGAUCCCCUCAGCUCAGGGCAAGCGGAAAGCCUUUUCCACCUGCAGCUCUCAUCUUUCUGUGGUAUCUCUGUUCUUUGGGACUUCUUUUUGCAUUUAUUUCAGUCCCCCUUCAACACGCUCAGCACAGAAGGGCACAGUUGCAUCAGUAAUGUACACAGUAGUAACCCCAAUGCUAAAUCCCUUUAUCUAUAGUUUGAGAAACAGAGACAUCAAGUAUUCCCUGAGAAAGCUAAUUUGGGUUAGGAAAAUGCAUUCACCAUAG